AUGUCUCGAAACACACAAGGACAGUCUUUCAAGACCCCCCCUAAGAUCAAGCUUAAGUUGAAGAAUUCCAAAAAGGUCACAGAUUACUCCUCCGACUCUUCGUAUGCUGCUGUGGAUUUGAUCAGUGAUUCUGAAGACAAUGAUUCAGAUGACGAGCCCGAUGUAUUUGGGGGAACCGGGGGGUCUAAGAUUGAAAAGUAUGAAGAAGCAGCUAUGUUCGAAUCGGCUGAAGAAGAUGACGAUUUAGAGACUGUCGAGGAGGAUACUGAUGUACAAGACACACCUCGAGCAACAAUGAAGUUUGAAGACUGGGAAGGAAUUGAUGAUUCGCCAGAAGAACUGGCCGAUAACUCUAGGUUUUUCGAGGAUAAUAUGAUCCAGGAGUACAAAAUUCGUUCCAAUGGUGAUCUCAAGAGGGUUAAUAAAGUCACCGACGACGAUACAGAUAGCAGCAUCUCUGAUGAUGAGGAUAUGUGGCACCCUGAUCUAUUCGACACCGCGACCUCCGCUCAAGGUCCAUUCUUGAGUGCCGACGCACUUCCACCUCGUAUCGCAAGAGGACUGGAGGAUGACACAUACAAUGAUGACGAUCAUGGUUCUGAUCCAGAUUUAGAAUGGGGAAACGAAGACAAUGAUUCGGGUAAUUCUGGAGAAAGUGAUAGUGAUGAAUCAGACGCAUCUGGGUAUCAAUCUGAUCUUAGCGAUGUCUCGGGUGGAGAUACAACUGACGAUGAAGAUUGGAGAGAGAAUCGUCCAGAAAUAGAUGCGUCUACACCUCGAGGCAAUUCACCACCACCUCCACCAUGCCUUGGUUUUCGAAUUCAGCGCAAAAAGGGACAACCUGAUGUCAUUACUUGGUAUCAUAAUACUGAUGUACCCUUUGUUAUAUUAGACGAGCAUGGAAAGGACCUUUUAAUGUACUCUUCCGACCCUACCAGACUUCAGGAUAUUAGCUCACCCUCACCCCUUAGAAACGGCAGCAUGGAACAGUACAAUCCAGUCCUUAGCAAUCAAGCCAACAUUAUGAUGAGCGCAGUAUCAGAUACCCCAUCCGAAUUUGGAUCUUACCACACUGGUAACCCAGAAGCUUUUUUCGAAAAUUCCGUUUUCAUGAACGAGAAUGCCGUUCGCCCGACGAGUAGUUCAUCAUAUGACGAUAGCGAUGAUCAGAAUGAACCUCUUGAUUGGGGCGACUUGCUUCACAUGGAUGAGGCAUUAGAUGAGGAGCAAGGUGAAUCUGUAGACGAUCUAGCCGAAACGCCGUCAUCUACCCCUGCUCGCCCAACGACGUCCGAUGGCCUUCACCCCCUUCUAGUCCAUCUUGACAAGAAUACCAACGUCGGUGCUUUUCGCCUUAAUCGACAGAACGAAAACCUCAUCAACAGCAAUACUGUUUCCAAAGAUGCACUAGCAUUUGGAACCUCCACAAUCAAAGGUGUUAAGAAUGGACACCUCGAUUCUCUCACAAGCUCUUUAACCCCUCGACGAAAACCUAAAACCCUCAUGCCCUCUAGUCCCGCCGGUGACGUCGCAAACCGAAAGCGGAAAUCGAGCGGUGCAUCUCAGGGACGUCAGCACAAGAGAAGUCGCAGCAAUGCAUGA